AUGAGCGAGGUAGAAAAGGUCCAGGAACAUAUGAAGGCUGACAUAGAGGCCAUGAAAGACCAAAUGGCAGUCAUGAUGGAGGCCAUGUUGAGCAUGAAGAAAAUAAUGGAAAGCAAUGCGGCUGUAGUUGCCACUACCAGCAUCGCAGCUGAGGUAGAUCCAACUCACCCAUCUAGCGUGAAUCAAAUUAGUCGUCCAGUCCCCGACGUGGUGUCGGAUGAGAACGCCGACCACUUCGCUCCUGUUCCCCUUGAAAGCCAGCAACCCCAGUUGGGGCAUGCACAUUUUGCUCAGCCCAUGAGGGGGGCACGUGAAGAACCUCGAGAUCAUGCUCUAGCCGACUUUGAGCCUUACCCUGGGUAUACCAAUGAGGGGCCCGUAUUUGGUGGCAUGCCCCAGCCUAACAACUUGGGGGCCCCUCAGCAUCAUCCACUGCAAUCCUUACAUUUCUCAGUGGGGAGACUGUCUCCUGCUAUGGAAGAAAGAGAUAAAUUUGAUCUUAUAGAGGAAAGGUUGAGGGCCAUUGAGGGGAUUGGAGAUUACCCUUUUGCCGACAUGGCAGAAUUGUGCCUAGUGCCCGAUGUCGUCAUCCCUCUCAAAUUCAAGGUGCUAGACUUUGACAAGUACAAGAAGACUACUUGUCCUAAGAACCAUUUGAAGAUGUACUAUCAAAAGAUGGGGGUGUACGCGAAAGAUGAGAAACUCUUGAUACAUUUUUUCAAGAGAGUUUGGCCGGGGCAGUAA